AUGGGAGUGCUUCAUCGUCUUCAGGUGCCGUUGGUAGCACUGUUGUCCUACACGGCAAUAGCGCAGAAAGUCAUCGAUCUUGGUACGAAACAAUGGACGUUGUCAAGUCCGGUAUACAACAUCUCAGUACCUGGCCGUGUUCCUUCACAGGUGCAUCUUGACUUGUUUCGUGAAGGAGUGAUUCCUGAUCCGUAUGUUGGGCUUGGGGACUUUGAGUUGAGAUGGGUUACACUCACGAAUUGGACCUACGAGACUACUUUGGAUGGAUUAGACUCAACAAUCCCGACUUGGCUGCUUUUCAAUGGGCUUGACACUUUCACCUCAAUCGAGGUUUGCGGGCAACAUGUCGCUUCGACCAACAAUCAAUUUCGGCAAUACUACUUUGAGAUAUCAGAUAUCUUGAAAUCGUGCUCAACCACGCCAGAUUUGAGCAUCAAUUUUGGUUCUGCGGUUAACAUCACUGCAGAUAUUGCGAGCGAACCAGGCCAAGAAGUCUGGCCACCUGGCCAAGUAUUUUGGCCUGGUGGUGUCGAGGGCGUGUUCGAGUUUCCCAAUCGACAGUUCAUGCGGAAGGAACAGAGCGACUUUGGCUGGGAUUGGGGACCUGCUUUUGCUCCAGCUGGCGUAUGGCAGCCUGCCUAUGUUGUCCAGCUUCCUGGCCCUGCGGUUCAUGUGCGAAACACCUUGCUGGAUAUUUAUCGUCAAGGCCAGCUGAACAACCUUCCUCCGGAUCAAAAUGCACCCUGGAUCGUGAAUGCUAGCAUUGAUGUUAUUGGAAGUCUGCCAAGUAACGCUAAACUCUUUAUCGAAAUCAUGGACAUCAAGAAUGUCACCGUGGCCAGCGGAGCUAUGCAAAAUAUGACAUCUAUCGGUAGCACGAUUACUGGUAGCGUGGUGGUAGACGGAGAAACUUGUCAGCUGUGGUGGCCGGUAGGGUUAGGUCCACAGAACUUGUACUACUUCAAGAUCACCGUCAUGAACGGAAAUGAGUCCUUAGUUUCUAUCACCAAGAGAAGUGGUUUCCGGACCAUAGUUCUCAACAUGACCCCGAUCUCUGAGUCUCAGCUAGCUCAAGGGAUUGCACCUGGAAACAACUGGCAUUUCGAGAUCAAUGGCCAAGAAUUUUACGCGAAAGGCUCGAAUUUCAUACCUCCGGAUGCAUUCUGGCCACGGGUUACAGAAACCAAAAUGAACCAGUUGUUCCAGUCGGUAGUCGAUGGCAAUCAAAAUAUGCUGCGUGUCUGGGCUAGCGGGGCUUACACUCCUGACUUCAUCUACGAUAUCGCCGACGAGAUGGGAGUUUUACUAUGGUCCGAAUUCGAAUUUGGCGAUGCUUUAUAUCCAGUAGGUGUUGAGUUCCUCGAGAACGUACGCCAGGAAGCUGAAUACAAUGUCCGGCGGGUCAAUCAUCACCCCUCUCUGGCGCUAUGGGCAGGAGGCAAUGAGCUCGAAAACUUGGAGUUGCGACUGGCGGCAGCUCUAGAUCCUGGUAACGACAGAUGGAGGCAGGAAUACGAGCAGUUGUUUCUCGGUGUUCUCUUACCUACAGUUUUUGCCAACUCGAAAUCUAUAUCUUACAUUCCUAGUAGCACAACGAACGGAUAUCUGGAACUAAACUUCUCUCUUGCUAUUCCUAUGAUACAAAGAUACGACAACGCAACGAAAGGAUCGAUUUAUGGAGACACCGAUCAUUACGACUACAAUUCUCUCAACGCUUUUGAUCUCUCGACCUACCCCGUAGGUAGAUUUGCGAAUGAGUUUGGUUUUCACUCCAUGCCCAGUCUACAAUCUUGGCAACAGGUCCUUUCUCCUGAGGAUCUUCAUUUCAAUAGCACAACUAUCGUUUUGAGAAAUCAUCAUUAUCCUGCUGGGGGGCCUCUCACAGACAACUUCCACAGUCCUUUACAUGGCAUGGGAGAAAUGACCCUUGCGGCGCAACGAUAUUAUCCAGUGCCAAACAUGGCAGACCCUGUGGCAAACUUCAGUGCCUGGUGUCAAACAACACAGAUCUUCCAAGCGGAUUUCUACCGCAGUCAAAUUACAUACUAUAGACGAGGUUCUGGAAAGAAAGAACGACAGCUGGGCUCUUUAUACUGGCAGCUUGAAGAUAUUUGGCAAGCCCCGACCUGGGCUGGCAUUGAGUAUGAUGGAAGGUGGAAGUUUUUGCAUUAUGUCGCGAAAGACAUCUAUCAGCCUGUGAUAAUUGCCAGUUAUUUGAACACAACUGAUGGUGAUUUAACGGCAUACGUCACGUCUGAUCUCUGGUCACCAGCCACAGGAGUUGCAACACUCACUUGGUACGAUUACAACGGGACUAUACUUGCACCUCCUUCGUCAGUUCCAUUCACAGUCGGCGCUCUAAACAUAACUCAAGUUCUCCAAACCAACACAAAGACCAUCCCGUACGACCUCACCAAAGCAGUCCUAAAAAUGAACAUCACAGCAACCGGCUCCUUACCAAACACCAACGACACCAAAACAUUUAAACACGAAUUCUUCUUCCACGCUCUCGAUCUCAGUAAAGCGAACCUCCAAGAUCCAGGUCUACAACUAGAGUACAAUGCUAGUACGGGCAAUUUCACCAUCGAAGCGACGAAAGCGGUUGCUGCGUGGGUGUGGAUGGAUAUCCCGGCGGGGACGCUGGCGAAUUUUGAUGGUAAUGCGUUUUGGUUGGUGCCGGGGGAGAAGAGGGAGGUUGGGGUUGUGGUUAAGAGUGAUGGGAGUGGUGGGAAAUGGGUGGAGGGUGUUCGGGUGAGGAGUUUGUGGGAUAAUACGCAGAGUUAG